GUGCUUCCACGUGGGUAAGGCGGAGUCUCGAGGUGAAAGGCGUGGCAGUUCCAAUCUAAUUUCUAAACAAUGAGUAGCUCUUCGGAGAAAGAAGACCAAGACAGAGAGGACGGAGUAUUACUCGAUUCUGAUGAACCUCAGGCUCAGGAUGACAAGAGAGAGGGAGGAAAAGGAGAGGAAGGAGGACUAAAAAAAGAACUAUCAUUAUUUAACUCCGUCACGUUUGUCGUUGGAUCCAUAGUAGGCUCAGGGAUAUACAUCACUGCCAGCAACACUGUCAAAUACUCAGGAUCGAUCGGCCUAUCACUAGUAAUGUGGCUUCUUGGCAGCCUAGUGGCUGUAGCUGGAGGACUCUCUUAUAUGGAGAUUGCUACACUGAUACCCAGUUCAGGCGGGGACUAUGCAUAUCUUAGAGAAAUGUAUUCUUUUGGUAGAAGAGGAGAAAGGAAAAGGGAGAGACGUGGGGAGGAGGAGACGAGAGGCGAAGAGGAUCUCACACUUAAGGAUGGGGACGGUGAAGGGUUUUUCGUUACAUUUGGUAGCCUCCUUGGGUUUUUGUUUGGAUGGUCGACCGUUGUUUUAAUACGUCCAGCAUCUAAUGCAGUCCAGUUAUUGACUUUUGGCAAGUAUUUCUCUCAUGCACUUUUGUUGGUUGGUGGAAUUUGGGGUGGAGCUACCAGUGAGCUGGUGACAAUACUGGCAGUGAUAAGUGGAAUUAUACUGACGUUGAUAAAUAUAUUUAGUGUAAAGCUAACGGCUCACAUUAUGAAUAUCUCUGGUAUUGCUAAGAUAUCUUGCAUGAUAUUCAUUAGUUGUAUUGGAGUAUGGACAUAUGCUAAAGGAGAUUAUUCCGAUAAUUUUGAUAAUGUGUUUGAUGGUACUAGUACUUGUAUUGGUGACAUUAGUUUAGCUUUGUAUUCAGUAUUGUGGACUUAUGAUGGAUGGAAUUCAUUAAUAUAUACUGUUGAAGAAACUAAAAAUGCCGAAAAAAAUCUACCCAAAGGUAUUCUGAUAGGUGUACCAAUAGUUACUGUGUGUUACCUGUUUGUGAACUGGUCCUACUACAUCAGUUUAAAUAAACAUGAAAUACUAUCAUCUGAAGCUACUGCACUAACACUGGGUAAUGUAACAUUAGGAUCAAUAGGAGUGUUAUUGAUAUCAGUAUCAGUAUCAAUAUCAACACUAGGGACUGGACUGAUUGGUAUGUACAGUGGAUCAAGGGUUGCUUAUGUACUGGCAAGAGAUGGUAGCCUAAUGAACACUUUUAGUGGAUUACACAACCAAUGGAACACUCCUAUACAAGCUAUACUACUACAAUCUAUUCUUACUCUAUUAUAUGUACUGGUUGGUAAUAUAGGACACAUUAUUAAUGGGCUUAGUCCUGUUAUGUGGUUGUUCUAUUGUCUAUCAUUCAUUGGUCUACUAAUAAUGAGAUACACUAAAAGAAAUAUUAAGAGACCAUUUAAGGUAUGGACUCCCGUUCCCAUGGUGAUGAUAUGCUCCGCCCUCUUCCUAAUAACGGUUCCAUUAGUGUUUGUAUCAGGAGAGAGGUGGUAUAUAUUAUUAGGACUGAUACUAGUAUUGACUGGUGCUCCUGUCUAUCUAUUAUUAGUACACAAUAAAUAUAGACCAGCUGUAUUUACAAGGAUAAGCAGUAUGAUAACUGAUGUUUCCAAUAAGAUAUUUUAUACUUCAUCAUUCAACAAUACUGAGGACAUAACUAUUGAAUAUUCAUAUCAAUAAUAAAAUUCAUGUAGCUAUAUAUUAUUUAUUCAUCACAAUUCAGUAGUUUUAAUAUGUA